AUGUCGGAUCGCCGGACAACUUGUCAACGAGGGGAAGAUGAGCUAAGAGAGAUUGAGGUUCUCAUAAUCUCAGCUCAAGACCUCAAGAACGUGAAGCACUUGACCAAAAUGAGAGCCUACGCGGUUGUCUACGUGGAAAAGGACUUCCACAUGGUCAAAACCCAAGUGGACGAGCAUGGAGGGACCAACCCCACAUGGAACCAAGUGGUGAUGGUGAAGUUCCACGCCAAGCUGGCGGAGAAGGACGUGUUGGCGGCGGUGAACGUCGACAUAUACGCGCAUGGUCACGUGAGGGAGAAGCCAGCGGGGAGUGCCAGGGUUUUACUUUGCGAUGUCUUGAAAGGAGGGGAUGCUUCGGAUCCCGUGGAUAACCCGAUUCAGUGCUUGACGGUGCAGGUUUGGAGGAGUUCGGGUAGGCCGCAAGGGUUGCUUAACUUGUGGGUUCCUCCAACUGGGAGGUUCUUGAUGAGGAGAGAGUCUUUGUCGUUUAGCGUGAAGGAGGUGGCGGAUGAAGAAAUGGUCGAAAGAGAGGUGGCAACGUCUCUAGGAGGUGGUGGAGCGGUGGUGGAGAGGAGGGUGGAUUAG